UGAUUUAUCAAAUGAAAUGAAUCGUUUACGAAAUGAAUUACUUAAUUCAAAACGUAAAAUUUAUGAACGUGAACAACAGCUAUUAAAAUUACAUCGUGAAGUACAUAAAUUACGUUCAGUAUUAGAUCAUUCAGAACAGAUGAAUACAAUGAUUAAAAUGACAACAACAUUACAACAACAACAACAACAACAACAAGAUUCACAUUAUAAUCACCAUUUAUCAAACAAUAUGAUGGAUAUCGACAUUCAAUCUACAAAUAAUAAUAAAUUAGAUAUAACACAACCAGAAAAGAAAAAAGGUGUUAGUGGUGAAUCAAUUACAACGACUAUUAAAACACCAGUAACAACUGAUAAAAAUAAUAAUAAUAAAAAUGAAAAUCGUUCAAAAAAUAUUAUAAAUUUUUUUUGGAAAGAUUUUGAUUGCCGCCGUAUUAUACAGGAUGCAUUGAUGGAUAAUUCAUUUCUGAAAAAUUAUCUAAAUAAUGAACAAAUGGAUUUAAUUGUAAAUUCAAUGUAUGUAAAAGAAUUUUCAAAAAAUCGUUAUAUUUGUCGUCGUGGUACAUAUGGUUCACAUCUUUAUGUUAUAAGUUAUGGUCAUUGUGAAAUUAUUGAUUGUCGUGAUCGACCGGUUAAUCAAAUUGGUCCGGGUAAAGCAUUCGGUGAAUUAGCAUUAUUAUAUAAUUGUACACGUACAGCAUCGGUACGAACAUUAACAAGAGUACGUACAUGGGUAUUAGAUCGUAAAGUAUUUCAAAUGAUUAUGAUGAAAACAUCAAUGGAUCGUACACAUUGUAUAAAACAAUUUUUAAAAAAAGUACCAUUAUUACAGAAUUUAAGUGAUGAAAAAAUUACAAAAAUAUCGGAUGCUGUUGAAGUGGAUUAUUAUCCACGCGGUGAAUAUAUUUGUCGUCAAGGAUGUUUUGGUGAUUCAUUUUAUAUAAUAAGUAAAGGUUCGGUUAGAGUAACUAAAGUACGACAAUCAUCAUCAUCAUCAAAUCAUCAAUAUUAUCAUCAUCAAUAUGAUUUGAUUGAUGAAGAAGAAGCUAUUAAAGAAGAAACAAUACGAACAUUAAAUGAAGGUGAUUAUUUUGGUGAACAGGCAUUAUUAUUAUUGGAUGAUACACGUGAAACAUUAUUACAACAAACAACAACAACAACAACAACAACAACAACAAAUGAACAAACAAAAACAGCUACAAUACAAACAGAAUUAUCCGAUAAUAUUGGUGCAAUACGUACGGCUAAUGUUAUUUCGGAAGAUUGUGAAUGUUUAAUAUUGGAUCAGGCAAAUUUUUUUAAUCUUCUUGGUGAAUUACAGGAAAUAAAAUAUAAAUCCUAUACUGAUUCGAUUAAUAAAAAUCAAAAACAUUCAUUAUCACCGGAUACAAUGAUAAAUGAAUGGCAAAAAUUUCAUUCAAAAUCAUCAACAUUAUCAUUAUCAUCAUCAACGGGAACAAUUAUAAAUGAACAAGAUUUAUCACCAUUUGAAUUGUUUGUUAAAAAUUUAAAAUUAAAUGAUUUAGAAAUAUUAACACAAUUAGGUAUGGGUGGUUUUGGUACUGUACAUCUUGUACGUUGUCGUAAUGAUCAUGAUAAAGUAUUUGCAAUGAAAAAAUGUUCAAAACAAUUUAUUCGUCAAUCACAUCAACAACAACAUAUUGUUAAUGAAAAAUUAGUAAUGAAAUGUGUUGCUGGUAAUAAUCAAUUUAUAAUUAAAUUAUAUCGUACAUUUCAAGAUGAUUUAAAUGUUUAUUUUCUUCUGGAAACGGCACUUGGUGGUGAAUUAUGGACUGUUUUAAGACAAAGAGGACCAUUCAAUGAACAAUGUGUUCGUUUUUAUGCUGCAUGUGUUAUCGAAGCAUUACAAUAUUUACAUUCAAAAAAUAUUAUCUAUCGUGAUUUAAAACCGGAAAAUUGUCUACUCGAUUCGGAUGGUUAUCUAAAAUUGACGGAUUUUGGUUUUAGUAAAUAUCUACCGGCUGGUGAAAAAACAUGGACAUUUUGUGGUACACCUGAAUAUGUAGCACCGGAAAUUAUAUUGAAUCGUGGCCAUGAUAAAGCUGUCGAUAUUUGGGCAUUAGGAAUAUUAAUUUAUGAAUUAUUAACUGGAUUACCACCAUUCAUAUCGAACGAUCCAUUACAAACCUAUCAUAUUAUAUUACGUGGUUUUGAUUCGAUUGGUUUUGAUGAGAAAAUAUUUUCCAAACAUUGUGUAAAUAUUAUACGUAAUCUUUGUUUAGAAAAUCCAAAUGAUAGACUUGGUAUACGUGGACGUAAUGGUUAUAAUGAUAUUAAAAGACAUAAAUGGUUUUUAGGUUUUAAUUGGAAUAUGUUAAUACAAAGAAAAUUAUUAGCACCAAUUAAACCAAAAUUAACAUCAAAUACUGAUACAAGACAUUUUGAUUGUUUCGAUAUGGAUACUAUAAUCGAUAAAUUUCAUUGUUAUGAUUCAAAAUUUGAAUGGAAUGCGGAAAAUGCAUUAGCUAUUGCUAGAAAUUAUCGACAACAAACAUUAGAAACAUUACAAUCAUUGAUGCGUAUCGAAUUUAAUUUAUUAAUCGAAAAAAGAUAUUGUCUUUAUUUGAAACAGAUUGUCUUCAUACAAAGAUUUAUUCGUUGUCGAAAUGAAACAAGACGUUUACGUAAUGAAUUUUUAUUAUUACGUAAAUCUACUAUUACUAUUCAACGAUGGUAUCGUUCGAAAAUAGCCGCUCGUAAACAACGUUUAAAUUAUAACCGGAUACGACAAGCGACGAUAAUCAUACAGCGAUGGUAUCGAUGUCGCCGUAAUAUAAUUAUAUGUAGAAAUUAUGUUGAAAAAUUCUUGAUACAUAGACAAAAAGCCGCUAUUACAAUACAACGAUUUUGGUAUGGUUAUCGAUGCCGUAAGCAAAUUUAUAAUAAAUAUCCAUUGCUUGAAAUUAUUUCAAUCAAUCUUGGUAAUUUGAAACAAAAAAAACAACCAUCAACAAUAAUCAUUACAAUCGGAAUGAAAACAGAAAAAAUAUUAAAACGAAUGGAAAAAUUGACAAAAAAUUCAAUGAUUAAUAAUCAUCAUCGUAUGAUUUCCGAUCAAUUUAUAAACGAUCUAAAUGAUUUAUAUCGUUUUACUAAAUAUUCAUUUGAAAUUUGUUAUCGUUUAUUACAAAAAUGGCAAAUAAUUAUACAAUGGUGGAUUGAUUUACUUAAGUGUAUAAAUCGUAGUGAACAACAUAAAAUGAUUGCUUUUUAUAUUGUAUCAAUAUUUUUAAAUUUACAAAAAAUUUCAUCGAUCAGUAUACAAUCAUCAGAUCAAUUAAUAACUGCAUUAAUUCAUAUAAUGUAUAAUCAUUUUAAUUAUCCAUCAUUAUUGACUAAUUCUUUAUAUUUAAUCAAUGGAUUAAUUGAUCAAAAUCCAGAUUUAAUUAAACAAUUAUCAAUAGAUCCAAAAUGGAAACGUUUAACCAAUCGUAUUGAAGGUCGUUAUUUACAACCAUUAAAAAUGAACAAUAUUGUUGGUGGUGGUCAACAGAUAAAUCAGGAUUCGGAACAACAACAACAAUGUGAUGAAUGUGGAAUAAUACAAAUUAUAAUUAAACAAAUUAUAAAUAAUAGUGACAUCUGUUGA